AUGGUAGCGAGCGGGAGGAAAGCCAAGGACAUUGGGAGACUGGCGCAGGGCUUCUCUCUUAUCGCCAAGGAAUUCGCCAAGCGAUCUCCGACUCUCCAGAGCGCCAAGAACGGCGAUUUCCAAGCCCUCCUCAAAAACGCCGUCGUUUCCGCCACCGACCUCUCCGGCCUCACCAAAGGCACCCUCCACUCCCAAUCCACCCACAAUAAUCCUUCUAACCCUAAAAACGCCGAUUCCGCUGCUAACAAACCCGAUUCCGUCGUCUACUUCACCCACGACGAACCUCCUCCUCCUCAGCCGCAGCCUCAACCGCCGCCGGAAAACAAUGCCGCGUUGUCCGCGGUGGAGGUCGAGGUGAUUGGUUCCAGUGCUCAACAACAAUUAGAACCCCAAACGCAAUCGCAAUCACCGGAACCACAACCUCAGCCGCCGCCGAGGCGGAAGCCGAGAGAGAGACGAGUUCCGUCCACUCCUUUCUCCAGAGCGCUGGGGUUUGCUGGUCUUGGAGCUGGGCUUGCCUGGGGAACGCUUCAGGAGUCUACCAAGAGACUCAUUUACGGCACGCCGCCGACCUCACCAGGCAACCAAUCUGCUGUUUCUCCAUUUUUGUCUCCACAGAAUGCAGAACGCUUGGCUCUUGCGCUUUGUAGAAUGCGAGGAGCUGCUCUCAAAUUGGGACAGAUGUUGAGCAUUCAGGACGAAUCGCUUGUGCCCGCUCCUAUAUUGGCAGCUCUCGAUAUUGUCCGUCAAGGUGCAGAUGUGAUGCCACGGGCCCAGCUCAAUCAGGUUUUGGAUGCUGAGUUGGGACCUGGUUGGUCAUCGAAAUUAACAAGUUUCGAUUAUGAGCCUUUGGCUUCUGCAAGUAUAGGCCAGGUGCACCGAGCUGUCACAAAGGAUGGCAUGGAUGCUGCUAUUAAAAUUCAGUACCCUGGUGUAGCAGAUAGCAUUAGCAGUGACCUCGAGAAUGUUAAGCUUCUUCUAGAUUACACUAAUCUAAUUCCAAAAGGACUUUACCUUGAAAGUGCUAUGAAGGUGGCCAAAGAAGAAUUAUCUCGUGAAUGCAAUUACGAAUUGGAGGCAGAAAGUCAAAAACGGUUUCGUGCUUUGCUCUCUGAUGCACAAGGGUUCUAUGUUCCAUUGGUUGUGGAUGAUAUAUCAAGCAAAAGAGUUCUAACUACUGAGCUUGUUUCUGGAAUACCUAUUGAUAAAGUGGCAUUAUUGAACCAGGAAACUCGUAACUAUGUUGGAAGAAAGUUGCUAGAACUCACUUUGAAGGAAUUAUUUGUUUUCCGCUUCAUGCAGACUGAUCCUAAUUGGAGUAAUUUCUUGUAUGACGAGGCUACAAAUACAAUUAAUCUGAUAGACUUUGGAGCAGCUAGGGAUUAUCCCAAGACUUUUGUCGAUGACUAUCUAAGAAUGGUUGUUGCCUGUGCGAAUGGUGACAGAGAUACAGUCAUUGAAAUGUCCAAGAGACUUGGAUUCCUUGCAGGAAUGGAAUCAGAGGUAAUGUUAGAGGCUCAUGUCCAAGCAGGUUUUGUUGUGGGAUUGCCAUUUGCAAAGCCUGGUGGCUAUGAUUUCCGGACAUCCAAUAUAACCCAAAGCAUUUCAAACCUUGGGGCAACCAUGCUACAGCAUAGGCUCACCCCACCGCCAGACGAGGCGUACAGUCUUCAUCGCAAGCUUGCAGGUGCCUUUCUGGCUUGCAUCAAGCUUGGGGCUGUUGUCCCAUGCAGGGAACUAUUACUUGAAGUAUACGAGCGUCAUCAAUUUGGCGAUGAUGGUGGUGAAACGUUGUCGAGUGGAUUGCCUUGAUGAGGAAAGGGCUUAUAUACAUAUCUUUUAUUAAUUAUUUUAAUCAUUUUUUUAAAUAACUUCAAGAUGGAGCAAUUUUCCAUGAUAGAAUUAUUUCAUAGAUUGAGCUCAAAACCAGGGGUAGACUUCCUGAGAUUAGUUUUCCCAGGUGAGAUAGGAUCCUUUUGUAAAUUAAUUCAAACAGCUAUAGAACAUUCUUUCACAAUC